CACAACCAUGGCCACUUUUACCAAGAUACCGGAUUCUGAGACCCCUGUGGUCUCGAUCAACCACCUUAACAAGAUCGCAAAGAUCAACGAUAAUGUCUAUGGAGGCUUCACCGAGUAUGUCAAUGUAACUUACNACAUGGGACGCUGUAUCUACGGCGGUAUCUACGAUCCUGGCAACCCCCUAUCAGAUGAGAACGGUUUCCGCAAAGACGUGAUCGAAGCCUUCAAGGAUCUCAACUGCCCUGUUGUCAGAUAUCCUGGCGGCAACUUUGUAGCUACUUAUCACUGGCUGGAUGGUGUUGGACCCAAGGAUCAGAGGCCCGUAAGACCAGAACUUGCUUGGCUCGGCGAGGAGAGCAAUCAAUUCGGCACUGAUGAGUUCCUGAAGUGGUGCGAGGUCGUUGGCACCGAACCUUACUUUGCUCUAAACUUUGGCACUGGCACAUUGGGCGAGGCCUUGGGCUGGUUGGAGUACUGCAAUUCUGACAAGAACACUUACUAUGCUAAUUUGAGACGUAAGAACGGCCGUGACAAGCCAUACAACAGGAGUAUCAUUGACGCUUUGACAGNNGUCAAAUACUGGGCUCUCGGAAACGAGAUGUGGGGACCAUGGCAAGUUGGCCAGAUGACCAAGGAGGCAUACGCAGACAAGGCCUAUCAAUGGGCCAAGGCCAUGAAAUUGCUAGACCCCAGCGUCGUUCUAAUCCUCUGCGGCGAGACUGGCUACAGCACUUGGGACAGCUACGUCCUGAAGGAGUGCGUGAAAUGGGACACUCACACUUUGGGUGGCAGCACAACCGCCUCGCUCAUCGACAUGCACAGUAUCCACAUCUACACAGCCUCAAACGACCACUUGAAGAAUGCAACAGCGCCUCGUAGUGCUGAGCGUGCUAUCGAAAUCACUGGAGGUUUGAUCGAUCUCGUGCGUAUCGAGAACAAGGUACCUUAUACAGUACCCGCACCCACAAUUUGCUUUGACGAAUGGAACGUCUGGGACCCCGUACGUGCUCCCGGUGACAUUGGUGCAGAGGAGAAGUACACUCUAUCAGAUGCACUUGCUGUUGGAGUCUGGCUGAACGUCUUCAUCCGUCAAGCCAAGUACAUCGGCAUGGCAAACAUCGCUCAGAGCGUCAAUGUCAUCUCCCCCCUGAUGACAACCAAGGAUGGUAUCCUCAAGCAAACAACAUGGUGGCCACUGCUGUUGUUUUCCAAGUACAUGCGCGGCUGGACCGUGGCAGUCAAUGUACGCUGUGGCGAGUACGAGGGCGAGACCGAGCCCAAAUGGAUCAGAGGCACUAUUGAGACUCCGUGGUUGGACGUCUCGGCCACCAUCAACGAGGAGGGUAUUGUCAGCAUGGCUGUUGUCAACGUUUCAGACAGCAAAGACUUGUCCACCAAGCUUGAGGGUGUUGGCAGUGAUUCGGUCACAGUCUACACUGUUACUGGUGACAACCCUAUGGUUGUCAACACAAAUGGCAACGAGGAGGAGGUUGUCAUCAAGGAGACCAAGUGGGACGGCAAGGGCAAGUUCACUUUUCCCAAGCACUCGGUCACUAUGCUCAGAUGGAAGGCU